AUGCCUUCCCCACCACGACCACCAUUAAUACCGCAAGAUUGGCUGGACGUGCCAUCACAACGACUAUACAUACUCAGUAUUGCGCUCUUGGGGCAAGCCGUCAAACUGUUUGACUUUGUCCAGUUCAACAUCUCUCAAGACGACAGUCUCCACCUUUGUCGAAAAUGGCUCAUCUUCGACAUUUUAUUUUGCCUGGCCCUCACACAAUUGCGGAUUCCGCGUCUCACCUAUACGCGUAGCGUUGUGUUCUGUCAGCUACUUCUUUGCAUCUUUCUUGACGGACUCAUGUUUGGCGGUCUAAGUCUAAACCUUGGAAGAGGACGUGGAGAUCCGACAUACGCCUCUGACCUUGCUGCCACUCCAGAACCAUUCACGUUGUUAGCCCUCCUCAGCACCGUUUCUUUUGGCUUUGUGGGGUCAAGACAUGCAUCCGACGCGCAUCUCAAGGGCGAACACACUGUCAGAAUGUCUCCAAUCAGCACUGCUCGUCUCAAUCCACACCAUUCUACUUUCUGCCUUGCAGAACCCAAGGCAUCUGUUUUAAUACCCAUAUUGCUCAACAAUACCGAUAUCUCUACCCUUCGAUAUUCUCUCAUCCCCUUGGGCUAUACUGCCGGCUCUUCAGCGAAAGUUGAAAGCAUCCAGUUGACUGCCCGUGAUCUCAAUACGAUUGAAAAGAAUCGUCUAGAGAACUCACGGUCAACACCGCUCUCCUCUGGUCGUCGCCGAGAUGACGAGUACGAUGAAUACGACGAUAUAGAGACCGAGACAAUCCUUGAAUCCUCACCCAACCUCCAAAAAACCCAAUCACUGGUCCAUAUUCAACUAGCUCGGUAUGGAACUGUUCGUCUUGAACAGGUUGUCGACUCUUCGGGUAUCGAGGCUCGGUUAGCGAUCCCUUCCGAAGUUACAGUGGUGCCUUGUCCUCGAGCGGAGUUUGUUGAACAGCCAACUGCACCGAUUUUAUGUGCCGGUCAACGACAAGACUUGGAGCUUUCGAUUGAUCUUAGCGGCAUGCCUCCGCUAAGCUUGCGGUGGUUCCGCGUCAUCAACGAAAAAGCAGAACACUCUAUCGUUGAGGGCAUUGAUUCCGAACUAACAGAGGGCAACAAUGGAUUGAAAGGGGUGCCACAGACAUUCAAAGUUCCUCUCACUGCGUCCUUGUAUGCCGCCGGGACUUAUUUCUAUGCAUUGGAGGAAGUAAUCGAUGCACUAGGGAACACUGUUCGCCUAGAGAUACCAAGUCUUGACCCUUCCGCGCCCGACACAAAAACUACUCGAUCUCUUCGCGUCCUGCGCACUCCCACUCUUUCCUUCAAGAAUUGUGGACCAGCGUCACCAGCGUCACUGUUGAUUGGGUCUGAAGCUCAUCUCACUAUUGGGACUAAAGACGCUGACCCUCUCGAUGCGCCUUGGAAUAUUGAGCUCUCGUUCAAACCCACAGAGCCAACGGAUGAGAGGCGCGUUCAUCCAUGGAAGAAGACAAUUUCCACUCAAGACACGCGUCGUGAAGUUGAUUUCCGUGCCAAUACCCCGGGAGAAUACACUAUCAAAACUGUUCAUGGCAAAUGGUGCCCUGGUCACGUGCUGUCACCCGAAACUUGUGUUGUUGUUGAGAAGCCUAAACCCAUAGCUGAGAUUGAAUGGAAGAAAAUCCACGAAUGCUCUGGAGACACCGGUGUUUCUGCAUCACUAGUUCUCCAUGGCGUCCCUCCAUUCCAAGUUUACUACACUCUCAGGAAAGAUAACGAACCGGCACGUGAGAUUGCGAAAACAUUUGCGACAACCAGAGGAGAACUAGCCAUUCAACCAUCUCAGGCCGGGCAUUACACAUUUGCAUUCACGUACAUCUCGGACUCGAACUAUCGGCGAGUAGAACUGAACGGACCGAGCAUCGACCAAUCCAUCCACCCGCUAGCGUCUGCAAGCUUUGCCAACUCCGGUAAAAAGUCGCUCAGCAGCUGUGCAGGGAACAUGGUAGACAUCGACGUCGAGCUUCAAGGAACCGGCCCAUGGAAACUCGAAGCUCGUGUUGUCAGCUCCGCAGGCUCAGAAACCCAUCAAUUCGUGGACAUCAAGACAGCAAGAAAGACUCUUCAAAUCCCCAUACCUACACGCAUUGACCAGCAUGGUGGCAGCUUUGACGUAGACCUUGUCAGCGUCGAAGAUGUUUAUGAAUGCAGGCGGCCAAUAUCUGUGCAAGCGGUUUCUGUUACAGUCAGAAGAGUCAAGCCCACAGCGAAAUUCUAUGGAGAUAGUGUUAUCAUCCUCGAGCACGAGCGAGCAAGUUUACCUCUGCGUCUGACAGGCGAAGGGCCAUGGCGACUGAAAUAUCGUAAAGACGGGAGUGAGACGGUGCAAUCGGCUCUGCUUCAUUCUCCCAACGAUCAACUUCAAGUCACAGAGGACGGUCUGUACCGUAUUGUCGACGUUUCUGAUGCGCAAUGCCCUGGCUCUGUCAUAACAGAAUCAUCCACGUAUCGAGUGGACUGGAUUCCUCGGCCUGGUGCCAAGCUGUCUGUCCAAAGUGCUGCUGCUGCUACAUAUGAGGCCUACAAUGGGUCAUUCAUUCUAGCUCCCAUUUGCGAAAAUGAUGUUGCUCAUGUCGAUCUCGACCUCAAGGGCAAACCCCCAUUCGAACUCAUGUACAACAUUGCGCAGGACAACGAAAAUGGUGGGACUAAAUUGCUAGGCCAGCCCACGUUCAACAGCAUUCAAACGAGGACUCGCUUCCUUCUUACUACAUCCAACCCCGGUCGCAUUUAUUAUGAAGUAAAACAGGUUGGAGAUGCAGCGUACCCUCUUUCAAAACACAAAGCGGCGGUCAUACCUCGGUCCCAGCGUCUUCUGUUUGAGCAACAGAUAAACCGGCGCCCCUCUGCUCGUUUCCGGUCAAGGGACAGAAUGUCGUUUUGUCUUCACGAUUCCUUUUCGGCACAAGAUCACUUCUCCAAUGACGGUCUUGUCGUGCUUGAAGGAAUUCCGCCUUUCCAACUACAACUAUCGAUAAAGAAUUACGGGACUAGCCACGUCGAACGCAUGACCAUUGAAACCUGGGAUUCCGUCUGGAAAUUAGACCUGCCCUCCUACGAAUUCAAGACCAUCGGCCCGCAUCUGGUGCUGCUAGAAUCUAUCGCUGAUGCCUCGGGUUGUGCACAUGCCCCACUUGACCCACUUUCUACAUCCGUAUGGGUUGACGUGGCGGAAACACCAGCGAUCAUACCAGUCGACAGGCGGGAGCAUUAUUGCGUGGGGGAUGUCUCGCAGUUCCAGCUCGAAGGCAUCCCACCGUGGACAAUUGGGUAUACGAUAAACGGGAAGAUGUAUUCCGAAGAAGCCAAGACCUCGCCGUUUUCUCUGAUUCAGCAACAGGCCGGCGAGUUCACAGUGACGUCGAUUCGUCACCAGCAAAAGUGCAAGGCUGGAGUCACUGACCUAAGAACCACUGUCUACCCUCUUCCAUCUGCCCAAGUUGGCCAUGGCAAGCGGGUCUAUCAAGACAUUCACGAGGGAGAUCAAGCCGAGAUCGUUUUUACGCUCGUAGGAGAGCCUCCCUUUUCCUUUACUUAUCAGCGUGCGGAGGCGAGCCAGAAGAAGGGCGGAAAGCCUGGAAAGGUGCUUGAAACACAUACGGUGUCGCGCAUCUGGCAAAAGGAGUAUUCGAUAUUCUCCGCAUUAGAAGGAACGUGGACAGUGACGUCGAUUUCCGAUGCUUACUGCCAAUACCCUCCCAUCCAAAACAUAGAGAAGCAACGGUGGUAA